AUGUAUUCAGUGUAUCAUGAACUUGGCUCUCAGCUGGGAGCUACAUUGGGAACCUUGGAAUUCAGUUUGCAGUACGACCAAGAGAACAAUGCACUGCACUGCACCAUUAACAAAGCCAAGCUUCCGAUCCCCAGAUACAAGAAGGGGCUCAAGCCAAUGGACCACAACGGGCUGUCAGAUCCUUAUGUCAAGUUGCACCUACUGCCUGGCGCCAGCAAGGCCAACAAACUUCGAACCAAGACCCUGCACAACACACUCAACCCUGUCUGGAGCGAGACCCUGACCUACUACGGCAUCACUGAUGAGGAUAUGGUCCGCAAGACACUCAGGAUCUCGGUGUGUGAUGAGGACAAAUUCCGCCACAACGAGUUCAUCGGGGAAACGCGGAUCCCACUCAAGAAGCUGAAGCCCAACCAAAUAAAAAACUUCAACAACUGCCUGGAGAAACAGCUACCUGUCAACAAGACAGAAGACAAGUCUCUGGAGGAACGUGGACGCAUCAUGAUUUCUCUGAAGUACAAUACCCAGAAGUCUUGCCUGGUGGUGGGCAUCAUACGCUGUGCUCACCUCGCUGCCAUGGACGCCAACGGCUUCUCCGACCCCUACGUCAAAACGUACCUGAAGCCUGACGAGAACAAAAAGUCAAAGCACAAGACUGCUGUGAAGAAGAAGACGCUCAAUCCCGAGUUCAAUGAGGAGUUCUGUUAUGACAUAAAAUACGCAGACCUCACCAAAAAGACCUUGGAGGUGACCGUGUGGGACUACGACAUCGGGAAGUCGAACGAUUUCAUAGGUGGUGUGUCUCUGGGUAUCAAUGCAAACGGAGAGAGGCUCAAACACUGGUUUGACUGCCUCAAAAAUAAAGACAAAAAAAUUGAGCGCUGGCACACGUUGACCAAUGAAUUACCCGGCUCAUUAAAUGACUGA